UCCCUCAAUAUAAACACCACCGGGAGUUUCCGUAAAAUCACAUUCUGCCGUCAAGACUGAACAAUGGUUAACAUGAGCUAUCACCAAUUUUUACUAAAAUAUCUACAUUCGAGUUUAAGACAGUCGAGAAGGCGAGCGAAUAAAAGAAAAAGGAAUUGUUGGGACAAGCUAUCUCCAACAAAUUGGCAGACUUGAUUAACAGAGACUUUUUUAAAGGUCCAGUGUGAACCGUGUGGCCGAGUAUCUGUGCUUUGCGACUGAUUGGCGAGAUGACUGCCGAGUGGCUACACCUGCCCCCGCCAUACCCCCCUGGUGUGGGGCCGUUGUAUGGUGCAGAGUUGGAGGCGUGGUAUGAGGACUUGCAGGAUAUUCUGGGCUCCGACACGGGAGGGGCAAAAGUGGCACGUGCCCCCACAUGCACCGAGAAAGAGCCGGAGUUUCUGGAUGUUCUGGAGAGUUGUUCUCUGACAUGGCUGACUGAUGGAAGCCAGACGUGGAGCGAGGGUGUCCAGAGGGCGACAGAGGAGAUCCACAGCACCCAGCCUCUGCAUCACACCUCAUCAUCGUCCUCCUCUUCCUCCUCCUCCUCCUGCAUGAGUCCAACCGUGGCAGAAGAGAGGCAGGUGGAGGCUGAGAGCGGGAGAAGUGGCGAUAGCUCGACGGGAGGCGGCAGUGACUUGCUGCCUCCAGAGUUCUUUGAGCUGCUGAGUGAUGGAGGGAUGGGAAUGAUGGAUCAGAGCGGAGCAGUGAUCAGCAGUGGCUAUUAUUACCACCACCAUCAACACCACCAGGCUAAUAAUGUCCAUCCUGCAUCUCCCUCAGCCAGCGAAGAGGAACUGCCUUGUGUCCCCGAUUCUCCAUCCUGCUCCUCUUCAGCCUCCCAGUCACCAUCCCAGAAUUGUUCUUCUCCCUCGUCACCUGUCCCUUCCCCCUCUGUAUACCCGCCCUCCCGCCUGGGAAAACGCAAGAGGACCACCAGUGAGAGAGCCAACGGUGCCUUGUCCUCUUUUGCCUCCUCCACACAGCGCUCAUCUUACUCGUCUACCAAAAAGAGUCGCAAAGAACGAGAGCAGGAGAACGAGAGGAAGGUACAGGAGCUGACAGAGCAGAAUGAACGACUGAAAGCAGAGAUUGAAAGGUUGGGGGAGGAGGUGCAGAGGACACGAAGAGCUCUGAUUGAGAGACUAGUCAACACCAGGAAGUGAAGGGGGAAAAAAGAAAGAUAGGAUGGAAGACUAAAAGAUGAUAGGUCCUACAGAAUUGGAAUAAGCAAUGGUUGGGAAAGGUCUAGUGUGGGGAUCAUGAAAUGCCUCUUAGAGAAGAAUGAAAACCAAAGAUACAUUUUUUAAGUGAGAGGAUGAUUGAAACAGGCAGACAGGUAAAGAUGGCAAGAAAGAGGAAAGUGAUGAAAGUCAAGACAAUGAAGGGUAUAGAGAGAAGGGGCUGCAACAGCAUUGCGGCAAAUAAAAAGACACAGCAUGUAAAAUGGAGAACAGACAGCUCUAAGUGCUAAUCAUGCAGUGAUUUUGAUGAAUGUCAUAUUUAAAGAAUGCCUAACCUCUUCCAUCAACAUGGGAUGGCAGAAAUAACAGUUACGAGCGUCUGAUGAUGUGCAUGUAGGACAGAAAGGAACUUACUUCAGAGAGUGCAUUUCUUGUCAUCCUUUCCCACCAUUUUGCAAUAAAUUGUAACGUUUCCUUUAAGGGCUGCAAUCUGGCUAUCAGAGAUUAUUUGCCCCAAUAUGUGGAGAGUUUAGGAGCUCAGGAAAAGUUUGAAAGUGCCCAUUGCAGUGUGAGUAUGAGAGAAUGUUUUUGUUUUGGGGAUUAAAUUCAUUAGCUUUUCUUACUUUUGUAUAACCACUGGCUUGUGUGUAUGUGUAUUUAGAUGAAGCAAGUAAGACCCGGCUAUACUUUCUAAGCUGACCUUUUCUAUUAUUAUCGGAAUUAGCGGUAGACUUAUUAAGAGUGGUUCUACCCUUAUUAACUAUUUUUUAUACAAUGCUGUAUAUAAAAUUGUACUGUAAUGGCUUGAACUGUAAUAUGCCAACAUAUCCAUUGUUAUUUUCCCAUUGUACUCACAUAGAUUGUUAAUCGUAGAAUAAUAUGCAUGGCUUUUUUAUUACAGACUGCAUCAAAUUCAUGUAUUUUACCAUAUUGUUUAUUUACUCAUUCAUUGUAAUCCCAAAUUUGCAAUAAAGAAAACAAAAUGUG